AUGGUGGCGGCCGAGGGGACGCCCCCACGAGAGAUGUGGUCCUCGUGGGCCGACUUCAUCAUGUCGUGCAUUGGAUAUGCCAUCGGGCUUGGAAAUGUUUGGCGAUUCCCCUAUUUGUGCUACCAGAAUGGUGGAGGCGCCUUCCUCAUCCCGUUCAUCAUCUCCAUUGUCACCUGCGGCAUGCCUCUAUUCAUCCUCGAGACGUCGUGGGGCCAGCUGUUGUCCGUCGGCGGGUUGGGCAUGUUCAAGAUUUGCCCAAUUUUCAAAGGCGUCGGCUACGCAGCCGUGGUGAUGGCCUUCUGGCUGAACAUCUACUACAUCGUGGUGUUGGCGUGGGCGCUGUGCUACUUGGUGCACAGCCUGCGGUUGGACGACAAUGUGCCGUGGAGGAAUUGUGAUAAUGAAUGGAACACCGAGAACUGCUUCCCGCACGUGAAGAUGCCGUGUGUCAGCAAUCGGACGAUCGCUAACUAUUUUAAUGUCAAGUCCCUAUCGAUGGAGCACAUCAAGGAAUACACGAAAGCAGAGUUCACCGGGGCUAUGGCAAACUACCGAGUAUGUACCGAGAAGGAUAUGGCUGCAGUUUCACCCGUCAAAGAGUUCUGGGACUACCGAGUCCUGGGCAUGACGUCCGAUUCGAGCUUCGAGAACCCAGGCUCCUUGCGCUGGGACCUGGCGCUGUACCUCGGCAUCGCCUGGGUCCUCUGCUACCUCUGCAUCUGGAAGGGGGUCAAGUGGACCGGAAAGGUAGUCUACGUGACCGCCUCUUUCCCCUACAUCAUGCUCUUCUGUCUGCUCGUGCGUGGGCUGACGCUAGAAGGAGCCUCCCUCGGGCUCGAGUUUUACCUGAAACCCGACUUCUCGCGUCUCCUCGAGUCGAAGGUGUGGAUCGAUGCCGUGACUCAGGUGUUCUUCUCCUACGGUCUUGGCCUCGGAGCACUGGUAGCGCUCGGCAGCUACAACAAGUUCCACAACAAUGUGUACAAGCAAGCCCUCACCGUCUGUUUCGUCAACUCGGGCACGUCCGUCUUCGCCGGGUUCGUCAUCUUCUCCUUUAUCGGAUUCAUGGCGACCAAGAUGGAGAAGACCGUUGCUGAGGUUGCCGAAUCCGGGCCCGGGCUACUUUUCCUGGCCUAUCCUUCUGGUAUCCUGCAACUUCCCUACACGCAGUUCUGGUCGAUCAUGUUCUUCUCGAUGGUGAUAUUCCUGGGGAUUGAUUCUCAGUUCUGCACCAUGGAGGGCUUCUUCACCGCCCUCAUCGACGAGUUCCCGGUGCUAGUCCAUGGGCGAAGAUGGGGUCGUGAGAUAUUCGUCGCCGUCAUCUGCUUCAUAUCCUACAUCUUUGGGCUGAGUACGGUCACGCAGGGCGGCUUCUACGUCUUCCAACUCUUCGACUUUUACGCCGCUUCCGGUUGGGCGCUACUGUGGCUCCUGUUCUUCGAGGUGGUGGCAAUUUCAUGGAGUGUCGGCAUCAAUCGAUGGUACGAGCAUAUGCGGUCGAUGAUCGGCUACUACCCGUCGGGGUGGUGGAAGUUGUGCUGGUGCUUCCUGACACCGUCUGUGUGCCUGGGCGUGAUGAUCUUCGGUCUCGCCACCUACAAGCCGUUGACGAUCAAGGCGUACAAGUACGAAUACCCCUUCUGGGGACACGUCUUCGGCUGGUUCCUAUCUUUGUCGUCGAUGGUCUGCAUCCCCGCCUACGCCAUCUGGAUCUGGGUGGUGACGGAGGGAACGUUUGAAGAGAAAUUCGAGAAACUCUUCCGGCCGGAAAUCGACAUCCCCGCCGCGAAAGACAUCCCGGAAGAGGAGGAAGAGCUAGCCGAGAUGCAUAACGUC